AUGCUGGGCGCGCACGAGAGGAGGGCGGCGGUGGCGCUGGCAGGGGUGCGGUGGGCAUGCUGGGGAAGUCGGGCGCCACCUCCACGUGCUGCUCCCCCUGCCCUCCGCCACGCCGUGGUGUGUGGUGGGCGCAUGGCAUGCAUGGGGGGGAUGAUGGGGGUAAGCACUCAUGGGUGCAGUCAUGGGUGCACUCAUGGGUGCACGUGGUGCGAGGAAAGGGUGGUUGGGAACAAGGGGAGGGUGGGAACGAGGGGGGGGGGCGAGGAGUACCUGCAGGAGGGCGAGUACCUGCAGGAGGGCGAGUACCUGCAGGAGGGCGAGUACCUGCAGGAGGGCGAGUGCCUGCAGGAGGGCGAGUGCCUGCAGGAGGGCGAGUGCCUGCAGGAGGGCGAGUGCCUGCAGGAGGGCGAGUGCCUGCAGGAGGGCGAGUACCUGCAGGAGGGCGAGUGCCUGCAGGAGGGCGAGGAGGGCGGCGAGCAGCGAGUUGAGCAGCAAGACGAGGCAGAACACAUUGCCCGCCACCACCCCACACGCGUAGUACCUGCCGUGUGCCACCGCAGCACCAUGGCACGGCAGCACGGCAGAGGCAGAGGAGCACUCUCGAGUGACAGAGGAGCGCUCUCGAGUGACAGCAAGCCAGUGAGAGGUGUGAGGGCGGAGGAGGGAGCGGCGGUGCCAUGGGCGCACCUGGAGAGGCGGGUGGGCGCACCUGGAGAGGCGGGUGGGCGCACCUGGAGAGGCGGGUGGGCGCACCUGGAGAGCUGUACAUGCGCGACACCUGGCCGCCCCCCAUCCCCAUGCGCGCGUGGUGAUGCGGUGCAACCAGGAGAUGCGCGUGGUGAUGCGGUGCAACCAGGAGAUGCGCGUGGUGAUGCGGUGCAACCAGGAGAUGCGCGUGGUGAUGCGGUGCAACCAGGAGAUGUGCGUGGUGAUGCGGUGCAACCAGGAGAUGCACGUGGUGAUGCGGUGCAACCAGGAGAUGCGCGUGGUGAUGCGGUGCAACCAAGAGAUGCGCGUGGUGAUGCGGUGCAACCAGGAGAUGCGCGUGGUGGAGGGCAGCAGGGUGGGGGACAGUGGGGAGGGGGGCAUGAGUGCGGCAGAGAGGCGCAGCACAGAGUGCGGCAGAGAGGCGCAGCACAGAGUGCGGCAGAGAGGCGCAGCACAGAACCGCAGCAGGCGGCCUCGAGAAUGGCAAUGCAGAAGGCCUCUGUCAGCGAGCUGGGGGGGGGUGAGAGCGAGAGAGAGAGAGAGAGAGAGAGAGAGAGAGAGAGAGAGAGAGAGAGAGAGAGAGAGAGAGAGAGAGAGAGAGAGAGAGAGAGAGAGAGAGAGAGGGGCGAGGCAUGGCAUGCAGGCUUGAGCAGCGCACAGCAGCGAGAUGUGAGAGAAGGACGGAUGGGAGAAGGCGCAGAGGGAAGCUGCAAAAGGAGGGGAGAUGAUGGGAGAGGAGAAGGAAGUGAGUGGGCAAGGCGAGACACACACAGAAGCGGAGAACUGUGCAGAGAGUUGUGUGGUGCGAGGUGGAUGGGGGGCGAGGCGGGGGAGAGGCGACAAGGGCGAGAUGAGUGA